AUUCGGUUGCUUUGGGUUGAUUAAUGUGACCUUGCUGAGGGACUCCAAUAAUGUACUAGUUGUCAUCACUGUUCAUGUUUACAUAAUUAACUUUAAUUAAAAAUGGCACCCAGGGUUUCACACAGUCAUCAAAAACAGAUUAGUAACUGCUGAAGGUCUUUUCCUCCAAUUAUCUGUGCACUCAAGAACACAAUUAUAUUUAAUUUUAAGCCUCAUUUAAAAAGUUUGUAUUUAUUGUACAUUAAGAUUUUUUAAUGUAUUUGUUGACAACUCAGUGACACACAUGUAAAGUAUAUAAAAAGCACAGAAUUCAUGGAGAGGCAGCUAAAAAUACUACUAGUCUUAGCAUUUAAUCAGUUAUUAUGCUGCUACUCAAUAUGCUCAUCCAAAUAUACCCACUCAUCUUAAUCAUACAUUUCAUACAUUCAGUCAGGAAAACAGUUUACGUUUCAAAGCCAUAGUCUUUUUUUAGCAGUUACAGAAUCUAAGAGUAAAAAUGGAUGUGCUUUACAUAACUAACGUUUGCAUGAGCAAGACAGCUUUUUCACUCCAUGCAGGAAUAUAUAUGGAAUAAUGCAGGUGUAGGAGGCUGCAACAUAACUGGCCACCUCCACCACUAAUGAAGAGGUGUGGAUGUUGUUGGUGAUGCGCAGAAGUAUAUGAGUCAGCCAGCAGACCAGGAACACACUUGCUACCGCCACCACACUCUUGGCUGCCCUCACCUGAGAGGUUGAACUGGAGCUGGAUUUAGCCGGCAUCUGGUUUGGCUUUGAGAGAGUUGGGGGAGCUUCAGCUCUGCUGCCUGUGUUUGGUUCCCUGUCCUUGGAGGGGGAGCUCUUAGAGCUUUGACCUGACAGGCCUCCAUUUGGACCGGUAGUACCAUUCAGGCCCAUAUAGAUGUUGGUCAGGGAUUUCAAUUCCUUUGCAUCUUUUGAAGUACUUGGACCAGAAACAGUGCUGACUGAUGGGUCACUAUCCCUGAUGUUAGGACUGUUGACUUCCUCAGCCAUCUCCUUGGUAGUGUCACAGUUGAGAUUCCGAAUGCGUCGCUGGUUUCGAAGCAGAGUUAUGACAAUCUGGACACUUGUAAACACAAUCCCAGCCACAGGAAGAGCAUUCGCCAGAGUUAGAUAAAAGACAUCGUAGGUUUGUGUAACAAAUGCAUUUGGGAAGAGAUCUACACAGUCUUCAUUGCUGUCAUUUGAUACCUUGAUUGUCACGAAGAAGAAAUGUGGAAUACCAAAAGCCAGAGCCAUAGUCCAGCUACCAGCCAAGAGACAACCAACCAAGCAAAGGCUGUCUAGCUGCACUGGAGCCCCACCUCGCUUUAGGGAUCCGACAAGCUUCUGGUGCCAAUAAAUGCAGAUGAACAAUGUCGUGUAGAUGCUGCUGGUUUCAGAAAGGUCAGCACAAAAAAGGAACACACCACAGAAAGCUUCCCCAAGGAACCAGCGACCAGAAAAGUCUGCCAUUGUGUCAGGCAAGUCCACCAGGUAGUUGGUGAUGAGGUUGGAGAAAGCCAAGUUGAUGAAGAGGAUCUCAUUUGUGCGGAGGCCUGAUUUCUGUCCAGGAAGGGAGCGAAUCGCCAGCCAGCUGUUCCCAACGACUCCUGCCAGAAACAUGAAAGCUCUGAUGAUGGAUUCGAUCAACUCUUCUGCGUCCAUCUUCACAAAGAGUCUCCCAAGCUUGUGAUGUUGGAGACUUUGGGUCGGGCUUUCUUCGCUCUUUAUAGACGUCCAACAACCAAUUACAAUUACUGUUAAGUUCAAACAACUUUCCAUUUUGUUUUCCACAGGGGCGCCUCUAUUAUGUAAUCCCUCUGAGAUUCAGGUAUGUUUUUCUUAUGACAGCCCUUCCCAGAGAGCCUACCCCAUCAAAUGCUGACUAAAUCAUGUGAGAGCUUGAGAGCCGCUGUGCAGUUUUCGAGGGACAGCCAUCAAAAAUAAUAAAACCAUACGGGCUUUGUGUGCAUAAACAUACUUUGGCCACCCCCUACCUAUGUCAGUCAGUAUGUUUACAUGACACUCGAGAAAACCGAAUUAUUGCCUUAAGACCGGACAACUGAAGUGCAUGUAAACACCUUAGUCCGAGUAUAAUUGGAGUUUGAUAACUCUGGUUGGAGUUGGAGAACUCCGAUUAAGACACCCAGAUAAUGCGAUAGGAGUUCGAUUUUCUCUACCAUGUAACCGGCCAAGUCGGGUAUGAUCAGGCAAUGCAUGUGCACGUGUGCCACGCCCCUGUAACCCCGGAACAAAAACACCAGAGGAAAGGAGUAGCUUGCAUCUCAUCUGCAGAAAAAGUAGCGCGAACAUCAUGUUCGACAAAAACAACGCUGUACGAUGUUCCAUCUUCUUGCUCGAAAAUGCCCAGUAGCAGCUGUAGCCACUUCAGACGUCUGGCAUGGACCUGCUGUUGUUGUUGAUGGUUGUAUUGGGUCGGAGACAGCGCCGCCGAAAAGACCCAUAUUGCCCCCUAGUUUUGGGGAGGAGGACACGUCGUCGUCGUUGUUUUCUUCCACUUCAUCUGGGUCCAGGUCAUGGGGGCAGCAGCUUCAGGAGGGAAGCCCAGACGGCCCUCACUCCAGCCACUUCCACCAGCUCCUCCAGGGGGAUCGCAAGGCCAGGCGAGAGAUAAAAUCCCUCGAGGUCUCCUCUCGGUGGACACAUGUCUGGAACACUUUUAACGGGGGCGUCCAGAAGGCAUCCUAACCAGAUGCCCCACCUCAGCUGACUCCUCUUGACGUGGAGGAGCAGCGGUUCUACUCUGGGCGCCUCCCGAGUGUCCGAGCUCCUUACCCUACCUCUAAGGCAGAGCACAGCCACCCUGUGAAGAAAACCCAUUACGGCUGUUUGUAUCCGCCAAUGUGGGAGGAAGACACAUUCACGUCAAUAAUUCAAUUUUCUCAGCUGUAUACAUAUGUGGACAAGGAGAUAAGUCCAGUUCUGCGAAAAGAAAACAAACUAUGAGCUUAGUCUGAUUAAGCUGUGCAUGUAAACUAAGGUGACCAGACAUCCCCGAAUUGGAUGUCCUGUCCCCGAAAUUGUCCUCGAUUUAAGCGUUUCAUGAAUGAGAACAAAAAUGUUGCGUGUGAGCUAGAACAGCGGUUAUUACAGAAGCCGAAUGGGUAGGAAGCACAAGUAAGCAGUCCUGAACAACAGUUUUUACUGGGGUUAUUAUAAGGGGUGUGCGCUGCUACUAAAUAGUAUCCAGAUGUUGUCUGUGAUCACGCAGCCCAUGCAAUCUGGUCACCUUAAUGUAAAUGCACUGACUGCCUGGGUUGGGCCACCACAGUCAAAAGAGUUUGGGCACGCCCCUGCACCAAAACUGCAGUUGUACCUAUAAUAUUAUCAGUAGCUAAGUUGUUAAAAGCCUGAAUAUACUGUCGCCCAUUUGCAGCAAACACAAAGCAAAAAUUGAGUCAGGAGAAUAAACAACUGAAUAAGAGAGACUCCAUAACCUUCCAUUUAAAAUGUUGCUGUUAACCUUUGUUAUAUGGUAGUUUGUCUGCUUUUUGGGAUAUACUGCAGAAGUCAGUGGAGUUGUAGGAAUUAAGCCCAUAUUUUGCUCAUUUUAUAAAGAGACAACCCCCCUGAUCGUCAGAUCACAGCGGGGGUCUCAGUGGUGUGUAGCACAGUUUCACGUCAUUCAUGAGUAAAAGCUCCACCUUUGGGAUAAACCGGAGACGGCAUCUGUGCGCCGCUGCCUCCCGGCACAGUCAGGACGGGACGCAGGAGCGGGGCAGAGCCGCUGCUGCUGCAGGCUUCACGACUGUUUCCUCUUUUCUACUAUGAGUUUCGUUUUCCAGCACUUUGACAUCGACGAAGGGCUUCGUCCGGAAAGAAAGACCAACCAGCAGGUACUAGUUGCACGGAGGUGCGUUUACUGUCGCUUCCGUUAACGAUGAGACUCUGAUGUGUGCGGAGAGGACAGGAUGCCCGCCAGCGGCGCCGACUCGCUGAAACCCAGCGCCUUCAUCCCGGUGUGCACGGCCGCCUGCCUCCUGGUCGGCUCUACCUCUCUCUUCUUCGUUUUUACGUGAGUAAAGUUUGUCUGCUCCAUCCAUCCUUUACUUUUCAUUGCCUUUCCUCUCUCCAUGUUCAAUUCAGUUUGUACACUAAAAUAUUUUAAUAUUAAAUCCCCUCUAGCUUCCUCUCUUAACUAUUAUUAAGUAUAACUCACAGCCUACUACACACUUUAGCUCAAAAUGUUCCAUUAAAACUGCUCAAAAUAGUUUUUAUAUAAGAAGCAGGAAUAAAGACCACCAUAUCCUCCUCCUCAUCACUCACUUUGCUCUGCUGGCAGUCCCACCAGGGGCGGCUAACAUCUGACCUGGUUGGCUCACAGAGUGGGCCAGUCUGGGUGCCUGCCCAGUGCACCCUGAGGACUCACAGUAAGCACAGUUUUAGGAGGAUAAGCCACCCACAAUCAACAUCAUUGUAACAAGAUGUCUUUAUGGUCCACAUGUGGCAGGAGAAAUCACAUAAGCGCGGCACAGACGCUUAGAAAGCACUCGGCAGGGUUUGUGUGUGCCAUAACGCCGAUUGAAACCUGAGUUUUGAUGUAACUUUUGGCGUUGGAACAGUUAAUUUUAGCCUCCUAGUUUUGACCUAUUUGUGAGGUAAGGCAGAGCAAGUGGGAGGUUGAAAAGACUCAGCUCAAACCAACGCUGCCAACAGGCACUGCAGAGAAAAAAAUGAAUACAGUAUCCCAUAAUACCCUCAGAUCCAAUUUAGCCGAGAACUAUAGGUUAGUCCGAUUUAUCCUAUAUAUUUCAAAGCCUUAUGUAACUUAAGAAGAGUGAAGAUAAAAAACAAGCCGACUAGGGUCAGAUAUAACAAUACUUUUAAUACAAAACCCCCUUUGAUACCUACUACUGACAUACUGAACGCUCCAACCUCAUCAGCUCUAUGCCACUCUACUGAACUUUGACCUCUGUAGCUACAUCUGUCCUAGAUUCUCCUGUAUUCUCCAUUUGUGCUACGUUUCCACUGGAAUCUAACACCAGAUUGGUAGUAUGGGAUUAGGAUCCUGUCGCCAGCGCCAUGUGAUCCCCCAUCUGGGGGAAAAUGGAGUCUGGGAUCUACUGUCAGACAGUCGGUUUUUACUGUAUUCUCUCAGGAGUGGCUUUUACUGUAAAAUACAUUUGUUUAGUCGCUUUGUUUGCUGGGCUUUUGUGUCAAUAAUAGUAAAAUAGUCACAUCCAAAUGUUGCUGGUGGAGAUAACAGCGGAGUACGAAACAUUGCAUGUACAACAAUAAUACAGGCGAUACAGAAACAAUAUAACACACAUUUGUGGUUUUUAUCCAACACUUUUAAGAAACUUUCCUUCAAAGAUUUGGAGCUGUACAAAUCUGAUUUAUAAAGUACUUCUGCAAUCAAAUAACUCAACUAAAUUGAUAAUAAAAAUAUUGAAUUGUGAGCCAAAGCGACUGGCUGCUGUGUAAGUCGUAAAGUCCGCCUCUGUAUGAACAGAUGGAACAAUGGUCAAACUAGGGAAUUAAAACACACGUCAUAUUUCUUAACAGGACUUGUUCAAAGAGGAAACAGGCCAGGAAAGGUACAGAGUAAAAAACACUGGUGAACUUGGAUUACACUCUGUAAAAAAAAAAAAAAGAAACUGAAAAAAAAAAAUCCAUGUCCUGCUGGUGUUACAGUAUAAAAAGAGACUUCAUUAACGCGACUGUACUGCUUAACCAGCAAAACCAGGACACUGCAAGUGAUUGAGUGAACGAUUGAGUGAUGAAUCUGCCUCUUUUGGGAUGAGGGAUACAAUGGAGUUGAAAUGACCUUUUAACCUAAAAUUGUUUCGCAUUACGCAACUCAGAUUAGAGCUUAUCAUUUUGUAACGUCAUAGCUCAAAAUGACCCCAAAGUGAGUCUCUGUACCCUUACAUAAGUUAAAAAACUGCACUUUGAGUGUCUGAAAUACUCUGCGAGCUUAUUGUUUGCCUUUAAGAUCUGGAUGUUAGUGCUGUAGACUCAGAGGCUUUUAAUAUCAACUCUUAGCAGGAGGUUGGACACAUUUCUUUUAGGGAGAAACUGGCAGAAAGUCAGUGUCUUGUCAGCGGCCCGUUAGGCUCUCUCUUUUCUGAUGGUUUGAUAUCUUGUGUGCCCUCCAAGUCAGCAGCUGCAGCUGGAGUGACUCACUUCCUUCAAAAGUGGAGACAGACAGGUGCCAAGGUCUCUUCAGCGUGGUCAAAGUAGCAGUAAUUCAAAGGGACGUCCCUUGUCAUCUACCAUAGCAUCACCCUGCCUUUUGCCCCUGUGACUGUGAGUCAUAGAAACAUUUGUGAAAUCAUCUAGUCAGGCCUUUUGUACUUUUGUUUUCCACCUUUUUGUAUAAAUGAAAUCUUUUAAGCCUAAUUUAUGAUUCUAAACCCUGUAGCCAUGUUAGAUAGGCUAUUUUUUUUACGAUGCAGUCCUUUCAUCUGGUAUUAUUCAUGCAAUUAUAAUGAGUGAAUGUUUAUUAGCAGUGAAAGCAUUCCUCUCUCAGCUGCAGGUUUGGUGGAGCUAGAAAACCACCCUUGAAACAGGGGGGGAGGCUCUUUUGUCUUCCUCUGCCUGAUAAAAUUCAUCAGUCGCCGGUUUCCUGCUUUUGUUCAUCCGGCCGCAAACUUUUGUUUGGGUUGGUGCUUAAGGUCUUGUGCUUUGUGAAACUGAGCCAGGCCGGCUACACCCAACCACGGCCAUACUGAUAAGAAAGACAGAAAGUGAUGGCCUUUUUAAAUGAUAUCCAUGACUCUGAUCAGAUGUAGAUUAACCUGCUAAUCUAUCAUUGAAUUCAUAUUGUUAAAAGAUAAUUAAUACAGUUAAGAGAACAUUAUCUUAGGUUCAGUGUGCUCACUUAGGCUGAGAAUAAGGAGCAUUAGUGGACGGAUUAAAUUGUCAUAAAAUGUUAAAUCUUUAUGUCUGAAAUAUCCUGAUGAAUGUUUAAACUAGUCUGAGUAACUUUUGUUGAAUAUUGGACACUUAAGGCUGUGACCACAAGUGAUAGUUGUAAUAUGCUAAAAGCUUGUAAUUUAGCAUGAUGGUGUUGUUUUUUGUAUAAUUCAUAGACUGUAUAUAGAAUGGACAGUGUCUGCCUCCUCGUUGGGUGAAGCCACUCCGAGAACAGCACCCUCUGUUGGCAGGCUGCAGUAUAGGUCAUAAAUCCCGCCUCCGCCAGCAAAGCUUAUGGAGCUGUGGACAAACUUUAGAAAUUUAUGACACAGAAUAUAUAUAUAUCCCCCCCCCCCCCCGCUUGUGAUGUUGACAUGUAGUUACAGUAAGACUGGUUUGUGCUCAAGUCUUCUUUUAUCUGUGAAGCUCCAUUUUUAAAAGUUAUUAGGGAUUCAUGUUUUCUAUGAUUGACACCUGAUACAGCCCAACGCUACUGCGCAAUGUUGGUUUCAGGAAAUGAAGAAAAAUCACAGAAAUACUGAGAGCUAUUUGGCUUCAAAUCUGUAUACUGAUGGGAGGUGGAACCAAGUUGUCCAUAGUAUAUACAGUCUAUGGUAUAAUUACAUAUGAAUGUUGAACAAAAAAGUUAGCAUUAGCCCAAGUAGAACCAUGUAUUAGCAUCGAAAUGAGAUAUGCUGUACCAUAGUCACCUAACCGAUAUAUUCUCAUUCAUACUUUUAACCUACAGGUAUUGUAGACACAGGUUAACAGAAAUAUCCGUAAAGUAUUGUGAAGCUAAAUUUUGAGAGUUUUAAAGUGAGUGAAUUUUGCACUUCAUCCGUAAAAGAUUUUUCUUCGUUUGUUUAAAAGUGUUGGUCCCUCGUAGCUGAAGUCUCUGUUCAAUUGCUUUUAUACCUGAACUGUCAUGCAAGUACAAUUCUGUACAGAUUCGCUGAAAUGUUUAAAAGUAUGCUGUUUGGGUGUUAAGAUCUGUAAUGAAUCUUGCACUGAAAAUCUGAGAGCACUUGAUAUAAAAUCUGGUUUAUGGCCCAGUCUCACUGUAUCACUCCAAUUUACUCAAGUUUUACAGUUUUCUUGUCAGACUGUGCUCAGUGUAUUCAAUCCUAACAAGAGUAAAAAAAUGUUUCCCUCUUCCUCCCUACUGUUCUCCCUUUUCUCCUUUUUCUCACCUAAGAAAACGGGGCGCCGCUCUUGUGUUGAUCCGACUGUUCUCCCUGUUGUGCAAUGACAAUAAAUUCCUCUAAUGAGUCUAAUGAUGAUUCUAAUGUUUAGCUUAAGUGGCUGGUCAGGAUCGUGACAACAGGAACACCUGAAACUAACAAAGCAAUUUGUAGUCUCCACUUUCAAAACCUGCUUAAAUGGAUUUAAUAUGAAAAACAGAAAACUCGAACACAAUGGGCUCUGUCAAACUAUCUGCUUUUGUUUUUGUGAUGGAUUUAAAGUUUCUAAUUCCUGCAUCAUUCCACUUGGCAUACUGAGAUACCUCAGCAUGGGUGUGUUAGAAAGAUUUAUUAUUUCGGUUUGUACAUAAGUCUUCAAAUAAUCUGGGAUCCAAAUAUCAGUUUGCUUCAAAUCAAUAAACGCACUCCAAUCAUGACUUAACAAUCUAUAUUUUAAUGAAUCAUCCCUGAUUGGAGUGAUGCCAUCAGGGUUUAAGUUUGUAAAGCAUAGCUGCCCUUACUACACCCCGACUGAAUUGCUUUACUUGAAAGCGUUUUAAAAAAUCGUCCAAUAGUCAAAAUCAAUCACAUUUAAAGGCUUCACACAGCAGCUUUCCUAAAUUGCCUCCAUCUGCACUGGGUGGUUCAGUGAGAGGAGGAAUGAUGAAAUGUGGAUGACAGUCACAGGUCACGUGAAAUCAACCCACUGUGACCACAUGUUUCUCUGAGAUUUAUUAUCCAGUCUGUGGGAUUUUAUUCACCCCUAGUUGUUUCCUGUGCUGAUGGUGGUGUCUACAAAUCUGACAGAUUACAUGGCAGUGAUGUCAUUUUUCAAACCGUGACAAUAUUUCACUGAAGGAGCCCGUGCUGCCAGCAGGAGUGAACUUACCGCCCGACCAACUGUGUUGCAGGCGUCUGCUGUGCCACUGACCCACUGUGGGGAUGAGGGCAGCGUGCAGAUUGCAGAGCAGCUUACCGUUCUGUGUGAUUUAAUACAGCUCUGCCCAGGCUGUUUCAUUAGGUGGGGUUUGUCUUUGCCAUGCUGCGGUGUAAUGAACUGUCUCUCCCUUGCGGUCCAGAUGGCCUCAGGCCGAUGAUGAUGGAGGCUCGGAGACUAUGCAGAGGCAUCCGCAAUGCAAUCUGUUUUACGGGAAACCAGUCGGAUGAACUCUUUCAGGGUUCAAAGUUUGACAGUGCGAAUGUAGAGCAGGCUGUAUUCCAAUCGACUAAUAAUUUUUUACUUAUAUAGCAUCAAAUUAUGAAAAUUUUUAUCCUCAAAACAGGAUUUUUUGUAAUAUUAUGAACAGGAACUUGAAGCACUUGGUAACAGUGGUAAGAAAAACAUCCUAUUCCAGGUAGAAACCACAAGCAGGACCAGAAUCAUGGUUUACAGACAUCUGCUACAGUCCACUGGUACAUCUUAGCAGAAAAAUCAAGAAAAAAUCUACAUUUCAGAGAAGAUUAUGAAGCAAACUCUUGAUUCAAAGACAAGGAGAAACAUUUUAAAAGUUCACCUGAUUUUUAAGAAAAUUACAUGAUCGGAUUUAGCCUUGUAUUAACGGACUUGCUUUCAGAGGAUGUUUUGUAACUAACCAUCUCGAGUUACUCAGCUUAAUGUAAGUGAUCAGCUGUGACCGUUUAAGCACAUGUCAAACAUGACCAUAUUUAGCCAGAAGAACUUAUAUACAAAUCCUGAAUAGCAGCCUGAAGGGGGAGGGGGAAUCAUAUUAUACUCUUUAAUCUUUCUGUCACAUAUUCACCGCUUCUUAAGGUUCCUUAUAAUUAAAUUAUGCUAAAUUUAUUCAAAUCCACAAGAAAUUCUUGUCUAAUUUGCAAUGUUAAUUAAUCGUGUGAUAUAAAAGAGGUACCAGUUGGAUUAUAUCUCAUGGUGUGCAGUCUACAGUGGCGUGCUUUUUGAUAUGUGGUGAGCAUUGACCAUAUGCACGCCAUGUUUGUAUUGAAUGUGGGGAACGCACAAUGAACUGGACUGGCAGGAAUGGUCUGUAAUCCAGAGUUCAUAAUCCAGGGAUUACUGGGUUUGCAGCUGGCAUGGCAUCAGCGGGCGUGCCUCUUGGGAGAAAAAAAGGACCCCUCCCCCACAGCCUAAAACCAGCCAGGGGGGUUUGGGGAUUGGAGCCACUGCUGGGAUGAAAAAAGGGUUUUCACUUUUAUAAGAUUUUGUAUUUUUCACUCUUAUAUGAAGAUUUAUUUGGAAAAAAAGAGCAGUAACCUUUUUCCUUUUAUACUGAUUAUAACAUUUUCAUUCAACUGGCCUCAAAGUCACAUGGAUUCAAAUUCAUACUAAUACCAAAUCAAAAACUACAACUUUAAAUAACUGAAAGAAAAAAAAUUCCCAUGCAUUAUUUCCAAUAAAUGUAGGUUAAACAUGGGAUGUUCAAUCAAACACUGUAAAUAUAAUCUAGUGAAUCUUUUCCCCUCUAUCACUGUAACCUGAUUACACUGCCUCCUCCUCUAAUCUCACAGCCGAGACAUAAUCAUACUCCCAUUCACUCCCAUACAGCACAUACACACAUGCACACACUGAAUCUCUCUCUAAGAUUUCUAUGGCACACAUUCACAGAAAGAUACUGGUUCAAAUCCAGACAGAAUACUCAGGCCAAUUCUGUUAUGCAAAAAUAAUCAUCUGGAGGCAAUAGCAUUUGACAGAAUGGAGCGAUUUGUUCCAGUUUAUAUGAUUGAAAACAUGAAUCAAAAUAAAACCAUCCGACAGUGUGGAUUUCUUAACCUAUAAGGCUGCUCGCUAAUUCACUCAGUCAAAUUUGUUUUAAAGCCUUUGUGAGAAACUUCCGGUUCGUGUCGAUCAGGAGUUGCUAAUAUGAAGUCAAACCUAUGAUAAUGGAGGAAUAAAAUCAACGGUUUGUCCAGUGAGGUUGGCAGAGGUGACAUAAUAGAGCAGGACAAAGCUAGUGCAACAAAUAUAUAUAUAAGAUGUGUUACAUGAAAAUAAAAUACAGCCUAAAUAGGACAAACAUAAAGAAAAGCCAAAUGCUAAAUUAGCUAAACAGUUAACAAAAUUAUAUUAAUCGUUCUAUAUUGUAUCAAAAUGCUAAAAAUCGUAAUAAUAUUGUAUCGUGGCCCAAGUAUCCUGAUAAUAUCAUAUCUUGGGGCCACAAGUGAUUCCCACCCCUUGUGUCGAUUUUGGCGCCCCCUGUGGACAUCAAAGUAGCAGGUCUCAUAUUGUUUUGAACACAGCCAUGAAAAUCCAGUCACAAUCAGGAUGGUGAAUCAUAGAUAGUAUAUAGAAUGGACAGCGUCUGCCUCAUCGCUGGGUGAAACCACUCUGAGAACAGCACCCUCUGUUGACGGGCUGCAGUAUAGGUCAUAAAUCCCACAAUCCCAGUUGUGGACAAACUUUAGAAAUUCAUUACACACAACAUAAUUUUUUUUUACCCUUGCUUGUGAUGUUGACAUGUAGUUACAGUAAGACUGGUUUGUGCUCAAGUACUCUUUUUUCUGUACAGCUCCAUUUUCAAUAGUUAUUAGGGGGUUCAUGUUUUCUAUGAUUGACACCUGAUGCAGUCUAUGGGCGUUCAGGGAUUGCGUAGCUCACCCGGGGGAUACGCUGUUUGAGCCAAGCGUCAUCACAGGGACUCUCUGUGACCGAAUGCGUAAAACGCUACUGCGCAAUGUUGGUUUCAGGAAAUGAAGAAAAAAUACAGAGAGCUUUUUGGCUUCAAAUCUGUAUACUGGCAGAUAGCAGAACCAAGUUGUCCGUAGUAUAUACAGUCUAUGGGGUGAAUACAUUCACUGUAUACUGAAUGUACUGAAUCAUGUUGUUUGUUUUCCUGGGCAUGUACUGUAUUUAAACAUGGCAUUAGUACAGGAUUGCCGCACACACACAUACCUCACCACGCUCUGUUAGAAAUAUGGCAGCUGCUGUUUUGUCUGUGUCGUUAAAAAGGUUGGUAACCUCUGUUGAGCAUAAUUAAUUCUAUCAUCAUCAUUAUUUUACAAUCUCAUCAUGCAUUUUUUUCAACAAAUGUGUGAUUGGUGGAAAUCUCUGCCAAGGAAAACUGUAAAAAAAGAAAAAAAGCUGUUGCAGCAGUUUUCAGCCAAUAACUACAACUGGCAACUGAAGCUCCAGAUAUAAAUAAUAGCUUGAUAGGAAUGGUUGGUCAUUACGCUGAUGAGCUGGUUUGUGCUGACAGCUCAUAUAGGCGUCAUUAUUAAUUCAAGUCUUCAUUGCGAUUAACAUUAUCAUUAAGCCCCCAGUGGUGUGUGUGAAUGGGAUUAGGUAAUUCUGAUGGGCUCUAUACAUAGCAGCCAGUGUAUGAAUGUGGUGUGAAUGUGACAUGUAAUGUAAAAGCACUUAGAGUGAUUAGAAAAGUAGAGAAAUCACCUUUUAAAUAUCUACUCUUAAAAAAACUGUUUUGAGGCGGUAGUUAUUGCACACCAUUGAUAACUGCUGAUUGUUUUCUUGGUUGUCUCCUCUAACAAUAAAACUCCCCACAGUUUAUCAUAGUCUGGAUUGUUUUGGAUGUAGAUGGCAUACAUUUUUUUUUUGUUAUCCAAACUGUUCAUCCUAAACCCACAAAUGUUCAGGUUAUGAUGUUAUGAAACAGAAAAAUCACAGCAAAUCCGUCCAGGUUUUUAAAUCCGCAAAUCCCAAAUCUGGUCCCACCACUCUCCACCGACUCUUCGGACAUUUUAACAAAAAACAAGGGUUUAUGCCAGAGAAGUUUUUGUCUUUUUUUAAAUCGUAUCCGAGGUUUAAAAUAAAUCGUAACCAUAGUGAAACAUAAAGAAAUUUCACACGCUGAUAAUCCUGAAAAUGUUACAGAAAUUUUGUUGAUUGAAUGUUCUUAAAUAUGUAUAGGUCAUCACUUUUCUGCAUUAUAAUUUUAUCUUUUUAAUUAUUUAUUCUUUUUUAUUUUACAGAUAAUUAAUUUGACUGAAUUCUUGUCCAUGAAAUAAUGUUUUUGCUUUGACAUUUUAUAAGAGGAAGAAAGCUGGGUAUCUCUGACUCUUUAGCUCUUAAAUCCACAUGAGUUUUCAUACAGGAAAAUAAAAUCAACUAAAUUAAACCAUAUUAAACCAGAUACCGACUCCUUACAUCUAUAUUAGAGUCUUGUCCUAUUUUAUGGUGUAGAAACAGUAAGAGUCUUUCUAUUCCUGCAGGGUACCCCAUCAUUUAAUCCCUUGUUUCCGGCCCUGGUGAACAUGCACUAAUACAUGCUUAUCUUUCACUGUAAACAAUUACUUUUAAGAGCCGCUGCUCCCCCUGGAAUAAAUGGGAUGAAGAUUAUCUCUUACAAUCUUCCUUGUGGUCCUGAUUUGUGUUAACCUCAACCUCCAAGGGAUGGAUACUCUCGAGGUUUAGAAACACUCUGAAACCCUUGAUUUACUGUAUGAGUGCUGCUUUCAAUGACGACUCGAUUACAAGCACAGGAAACAGAUUUUCUUUUUUUCUGUAUGUGUAUUCAGAUGUCCAUGGCUGGCUGUGACCAUCUGCCCAGCUGUGCCACCAUGUUGUGCCAUCCUCUUCCUUUUUGUGCUGGCCAACUUCACCAUGGCAACCUUUAUGGAUGCUGGUGUGCUCCCAAUGGGUGAGUAAUAAGACUGAUGUUGUACUUAGAGAGAGAGGCGUCACUCUUUUUUUUUUUGAUGAUGUUUGCAGAGGUAGCAUUUCUCUUAUUUUCUUCCCCAGCAAACGAGGAUGAAGACAAGGAUGAUGAGUUUCGUGCUCCCCUGUACAAGAACGUGGACGUGAAGGGCGUCCAAGUGCGGAUGAAGUGGUGUGCGUCGUGUCAUUUUUACAGACCCCCACGCUGCUCCCACUGCAGCGUCUGUGAUCACUGUGUGGAGGUGAGAGCAUGGACAGAUCGAAAGAAGACACAUGUCAGACUGUGGAUGGAAAAAAAACAGCAGAUAUGAGAGGAAGAAAUGAAAGAUCAUAGGGAAAAAAUGACAGCAGUGUGUGAAGUGAGGGGGGAUUUCUGCAGAGCGAAUGAUGGACAGAGUGUGUUAGAGGGAGAGAAUCUCAUUAAUCAGGUUAAUCCUUUUUCUCAGAUCUCUUAUAGUCUCACUAGAAAUGCAAUUUGAAAAAAAGGUUCAGUCUUCGAGUACUAAAGAAAGCACAGCCAGUAUUUAGAAAACUAUGAAUUUACAGUACAUAUAUAGAUAUUUUUUUUACUAAUUUCUCCUCUCAGGAUUUCGACCACCACUGCCCCUGGGUGAACAACUGCAUCGGCAGGCGAAACUACCGCUACUUUUUCCUCUUCCUGUUGUCUCUGACGGUCCAUAUGAUCUGCGUGUUCAGCUUCGGUCUCAUAUACGUCCUGAACCACGCAGAUGACCUGUGGAAGCUGCACUGCACUGUCACGUAUCCUUACAUAGGUGUAAAUCAGGGCUUUUUAUGCAUGAAUGCAUUGGACCCCUGUGCAACUUGAGACAUACAUGGGUUAGUUUUUCUUAACACAACAUUCAGUUUGGUUGUGAUCAGUGUAUCAGGGUUGUUUCUUAUCCCAGUCCUGGGUCUGGCUGGGUUCCACCUGUACUUGGUUUCUAGGGGACGCACCACCAAUGAACAGGUAAGUUUGAUUUUCAUGUGAUAAAUGUUGUGACAGUAAUGAUUCCUUCUAAAAAUAUAGUUUUAUGGUGUAUAUGUAAAGUAAAAAUGUAGAAGAGGACUGGAUUCCUCUUCUGGGUUUGUUAAAACAUGAACGAUUUCACGCUGUAACAAUUCACUUAUACUUUCUGUCCACCCACAUUACUUUUGGAUGAACAGGAUGUUUUUUUUAUCAUUGUCCUUUCAGAAUAAAAGUUCAUAUUUAAAAAAAAAAAAACAGAUGAUAAAUCAUUUAUUGCAGGUUUUAAAAUCAACUUAAACACCGACUUAACAGGAACAAAUUGCAGCAUAUCCAGAGUUUCUGGACGACUGACAGUAGGAACCAGCUAGUUCCUUAACUCACUCUCUUUAUAUUUUUGUCUGUUUGUGGUCCUGAAGGUAACUGGGAAGUUUCAAGGCGGAGUGAAUCCUUUCACAAGAGGCUGUUGCAACAAUUUGGAGUAUCUUGUCUGCAGUCCUAUCUCCCCAAGGUGAGAGCCAUUUAUCUCAUUUUGUCUACAGGUUUUGAAGAGUCUUUCUGUGAUUCAUUGACAGAUUUUUCGUGUAACUACAGGUACACAGCAAGGCCCAGUAAGAAAACAGUGAUCCACAUUCAGCCUCCGUUUCUGAGACCAGAGAUAGACAGGCAGAUGUCGGUGAAAAUCCGCGACAAUGGCAUACAGAGUCAGGAUCUUCAAACUAAAGUAUGCACAAACACAUUACAUGUCAAAUUCAAAACACACACACACACUCAGAGCUUCCUCGGAGAUCAUCUGAUGAAUGCACCCUCGGUUGUCAAAAGGAUUAGGUCUCUCAUGUUUCCUGCUUUUUUUUUCUCCUGCCAGCGAACGUCAGCGGGAGCUGUCGAGCUGUCAAACAUCAAACAGAUGAAAACUCCACCACCACUGCCACCAAAACCAGAACACGGCCUGCUGAAGAGCCACUCCACUGCCACGGAUGGUACUGCAGUAUGAUACAUAUACACUGUAAUAGCCAGACACAGCAUUACAACAGUGUUCUAACACGUAGAAACACACCCAUGAGGGGACAACAGAAAGAUUUCAGCUGUAACAGAGUGAGAAUAGAUGUGCUUAGUAAAUAGACAUUAAGUUAUAUCUCUGUGCUUUUAUUCUUAAAGAAAUUUUUUAAGUCUUCUGUGAGCUGACACUCUUGCACUUGGCAGUAUCUUCUAUAUUCUGGAGUUUAUCUCGUAUCGAUCAUCCCACAUACACCCUCCUGAUUGCAUAAUUAAAUAUGGACCAGCUAAAACUCAAGUUAUUCAUUUAUAUAAGUUCAAGUGAAGCAUAGGCAAUGACUAUCUCUGUUCUUAUGCUCGCUUCAACAAUGCAAAGACAAGAGUAUGUGUGGAAAGCAAAAUGGACAGGAAAAUCAGCCUUCAACAGAGCACCAGUUAAAAUGCAAGAAUCAAGUAUAAUAUUUAAAGCUCCUAUGAGGUGUUUUUUGACAUUUAUGAAGCAGACUAAAAUUCAUGUUGUUGCCUUCUAAUGAUAAACAAAAGCAAACAAGGCCAGCUGUAACAAGACUGAAAAUCUUUGAAACCCUGUUUUUAGUGUCUGAAACUAGUGCGAGGGGGGUAGGUCCAGGUCUUGCAGCUUAAGAAGCAGCCUAAUUUACACACAAAAUAUUCACAAUAAAUGAUAAAUUUGACUGUCAUGAGAUUUGUCGUCAUAAACCAAUACUCAAGCAUGUAGCAUGAAAGAUAAGCAAGGGCUCUUUGUCCACAUGGGGGCGCUUAAACUGGCACAAAGCAAAAGUUGCUUACAGGAGCUUUAAUGAGCUGAAAUACUGACAGAUUGUGCUGAUGUAUAACAUAUCCACUGGAAACAUAUGUCAUAUAUGUGGAAUCAAUAUAUAUACUUUUUGGUUCUACUGCGCCAAGUGUGUUUUAAUUUGCUGCUAAAAGUUGCCUCUAACAAAUGCACAAUUCGCUCCUAUUUGAGACUUGUUGGCUUAAUAUUUAAUAAUCGAGUCUUCUUCAAAAUAUUUGCCACAACUGACUUUUUUUAUAGUAAAAACAACAACUGAAUUUCCAAUAAUUUCACUAAGCUGUGCUUUCUUCCUCGUGAGUUAGGAACCAAAAGUGGUUGACAGAGUGAGCUGAAGAUCUGUGUCGACAAAAAGUUGUUGCUAAAAGUUAAAUUAGUUGAAGGUUGUGUGGUUGUUGUAAUGCAGUUGUAAGUCGGGUUAUUCACAGUCCAGAACAGCAGGUGGCUGUAAUGUGCUGGUUAUCAACUGUCAUCAUUUCAUAAGUUUCAGAGAUUUGGGUCCGAAUUUUCUCUCGAUCAGUCCAGAGUUUAUUCAAAGUUAUACUCCUCUUUCGUUAAAACCAGGAACCUUCAUUCAUCUAUUUCUAUACUAUAUUGUAGGGCUGGAUGAUGAUGGCAAAAAUAGUAAUCACGAUUAUUUUGACUGAUAUUGAAAUCAUGAUUACUCAUUGAUUUCAAAACUUGAGUAUUUACUGAACCAACAAAACUUUACUUUAAAUAUAACUUAGAAGAACAGCCAGAAAUAAAUUAGUAACAAGUCAAAAAAUAUUAACAAUAGUAAAUUUUAUUAAUAAUAGCAAUAAAAACAAUCAAUAAAAAUAAUUACCCAAUCUACCCAAAAAACAAAAGACUCUCAUCAUUACAUCAUGAUCAAAAUUCGGUCCAGCCCUACUACAUUGUAAAAAAAAUAUCAGUGCACUGUAGGUGGAAAUAAGGACCCUGUGUUUGUAUAUAAAUACCAAUAUCACUGUAACUGUCUAGCAAAUUAUGUGACUUAUUGCUCCCUCAUUUAGAACCAGUGAGCUUGGAAAUCACAUGCCUUUGCAUCUUAGGUCAUUUGUGCCAUAUAUCUGAUAAAUCUGGCACGGUACAGUAUUAAAUUUUUUGGUCUAAAAGAGGUCUAAUAGAUGUCUAAAUGUAGCCUAGACGACUGGUCUAAAAUCAGUCUAACACAGGUCUAAAAAUUAAAGUUUUUUAGACGUCUAAAUUUAGACCAAGUUUAGACCAAGUCUAAAUCUGGGCUAUAUCUAUACUACACUGUAUUUUGCUCAAUGACUAUUAUAAUUAUUUUGGUUAAGUACUUAGAGAUCAGUUAAACAACAGUUGUUUUUUGACAUAAAUAGUUAUCAAAUAAUGGGUCAAAGUGCAACGUCUGAAAUCUGUCAAAAAAUAUACAGAAUCUAGACGGUUGAAAUUAGGUCUAAAAAAAACUGGAUGUCUAAUUGUCGUCUAUUGCUCAGUGGGAUCAUGGGUUACACAGCGUUUCUCACCACUAAAUGUCGACCUGGUUUUCAUCUUCCUUGAGUCAUUUCAGAGCCGUUCAGUGGGUUUCUGUGUCAUACAAUUAAAUGUUUUCUCUUCCAGAAAUGGGACACCAUACCAAAUCCAUCAUCCCUGCAUCCAUUCCUACUGUGCCACAGCUACGACCUGUUCUGGAAGCCAUAUCCAGAGGAUCGUCUCCCAUCCCUCCAGAGCAGGUAUUUCUCAGCCUGAUGUUAAUCUGAUACAAAAGAGUGUCGCCCUUAAUGUCAAGUUUGGGUUUCCUUUUGACCCUGACACUCUUGCUGUCUGUUUUUUUUUCUGCUGUGUUGUUUAGCUACUGAAGACAUCUGAGCAGCAGGCGAACAACAAGAGUCCCGACCUCCGCUCUGAGUCUAAAGACAGCCCUCUGAGAGGCAGCCAGCAGGCCGGCCUGCCUGUCCAGACGAACAGCAUCUCAAGCACGCUGCAGCUCAACUCUCUGACUCUCAACUCGCGCUCUCUCACCCUCAAACACAGCAACCGCCACGGCAACAAACCCCAGCUUCACGCUAUGCACAGUGACAGUUUGGGCUCUAAUCCUGCUCCGGGUAUCAUUACUUCAUCCAGCCUGCUGGCCAAUCACAGCAGCAGCAGCCUCUCCUAUGACAACCUCAUGAACCCUGCAGACCCUCAGUUACUGCUCCAAAGAGGGGCUCCUCCGGUUGGUUACCAUCCUCCCUUUAUGUCGCUGGGAGCAGAUGGUUCUGUAGUGCAGCGGCCCCCUCCUCACGCCUACAGCCCUGUGUUUAUGGGCAUCACCAGACAGUCUCCUCAGCCGCGAGACACUUCACCGUCUCUGCAGGGCCUCACCUCUAGAGAUCCCUCCCCUUCCCUCCAAGGUUUCAUCCAAAGAGAUCCUUCCCCAUCUUUCCAAGGCCUCAUGCAGAGAGACCUCGCCACCCAAAGUGUGACGUCGCGAGAUAUUCCCCCUCCAAGUUUGGCAUCUCAAAGCCUCCGAGACAGCCUCAGAGAUCUGCAGAGUUUGACGCCCCCGAAGUCUGCCGCCGCUCGCUAUGACAACUUUUCAAAGAGCAUCAUGGCGUCUCUUCACGAGAGACGGGAGAUGGAGGAGAGGGAGAGGAUGCUGCGUCUCCAGGCGAGAUCUCAAGCUCUUUACGGCCCAGAUGUUGGAAUCUAUGACAUCCCCAGCAGGAGGAGCUUACCACCAGACAACAUCCACCGACCUGUGGGCUCCCGUGGUCCCACUCCUCCUGCGUACGGCUCCAGGGAGUUUCUCAUGAGCACAGGUAUCCUGGGUUAUGGAAUGAGAACAUCGCCGCUCUCCAGCUCCUCCACGUCAUCUCUGACCCGAGGCCCCAAAACGUCGAGCUCUCCUCUGCAGAGCAGCAGCAGCAGCAGCCUGCAGAGCAAAGGAAGGUCUUCCUCCCCUGCUUACGGCCAUCCUGAACGACAGACUCAACCUCUCCCCUCCUCUACUUCCACUCUGCCCCGUUUACCCUCCACCUCCACAUCCUCCGCCCCUUUGUACGCCUCCUAUGCCACAGCAAAAAGAUCCUCGCUCACAUAUUCCUCUGAGGGGAAGGACUCUGUCACCCUGGGGGCCCUGAAGUGAUAAAAAGGAAGGAAAAACAUACUCUGUGUUUCUGGUGUGAAUGAAUCAUCUAUGCAGUGUUAGUCUCAGUCUUCACAGCUCUGAAAUACUUUGUAAAUAAGAGGCCAUUCGGGACUUUUCCUGUGUGGGAGGCUGAGUGAGAAACAAACACACAGUGGAGGAUAAAGUUGGAAAGUAUUCCCCUAAAAGUCUUGUCCAAAUGUUAAAAUAAUGGUAAAUCUCAGGAUAGUUGUGCCUCCUCUUACAAACAGAGCGAGCUCUUUAAACUCAGUGAAAGCAGAAGGGCUAUGUGAGGAAUACAGAUGGACUUUCUAUCUGCUUUUAUGUGUUUUGAUAUUGCUUUUGUGAAAUAAUGUCAUACCAUGUUAUCGAACUUGUCUCCUGCCGCAAAUUACCCAGUUUAUUAAAAUUUUGUAGUUGUUUAUAUGAAUAAACUUAUUUUGUAAAUUUUCAUUUCUCUUUCUUUAUUAUUUACUUUGUGUUAAUGGCCGUUAACUUCAGCCCCUGAAUAUUUCACAAAGCUGAAUGAGAUUUGACCAGCUGUGUUAAAUACUUGAUUCUGAUUGGUCAAAACACCGUAGUCACAAACUGUAUAUCAUAUUAAACUGAUCCAGAAGUCCAGCAGUGUAGCAUAGAAGUUGUCGUCCAUCUCACGCUGACUUUAAAGUCCCACUUCGAUCGUUGUUUUUUACUAAGUGUUCUCAGUGGUCUUUAAACUGUGAUUAUUAAGUUUUUUACCAAAAUCGCGUUACCUGUGUCAUUUUCAUGGGCUUUUCUCCCGCAGAGCUCCAGUAGAUCAUUAACAAUUCGCCUCUGAGUCGUGGGCGGAGACAGCGCUGCUCUGCACACUCCUCGUCAGGCUAGCUUGUAGGCUAGCUCUCAGACACUAAUGUCUUUAGGGACAUGAUGAAAGCUAGUAUGAUUGUUAGCUUUCUUUGAAAUCCGCUAAUGCACACACUUGUUCCGCGAUUGUCCUCUCUAUUUUUCCAAGUGCAGCCUGCAUAGCCGGGCUCCGGGGGCGGAGCUUGGAUUUGCUCCAUUGAAAAUCUCACUGAAUCUGAACCAUAGACUGUAUAUAGAAUGGACAGUGUCUGCCUCCUCGCUGGAUGAAGCCACCCCAGAGAACAGCGCCCUCUGGUGACGGGCUGCAGUAUAGGUCAUAAUGCGCAAUGUUGGUUUCAGGAAGUGGAGAAAAAAUGCUGAAUUACUGAGAGCUUUUCGGCUUCAAAUCCAUAUAUUGAUGGAAGGAGGAACCAAGUUGCCCGUAGUAUCUACAGUCUAUGAUAUCAUAUUAAACUGAUCCAAAGAAAGAAGUCCAGCCGAGUUGCAAAAAUGUUGUCGUCCAUCUCAGGCUGACUUUGAAGAGGUGAUUGUGAUUGUUACUGGGGACUGAUGGGAGAUCAGCUUGGGGAGCUAGUAAGCCCCACCAUCUCUGGUAAAGAAACGUGGAGCAAGAUUCUAUCCUGUGAUCAGGAUCUUGCUAACCCUAAUUUGCAUAACCACCUGUCUGCUAUACAUUAUCAUACAAAGAAAAAGUGCAUUUUCUAAUAUGCGAUUUCUUUUUUUUUUGCCCUACUUAGAUGGAUAGUUGAGUGAUGUGUAAUGUUCUGAGAGGAGAUUAGGGUAGACUUGCAUCAAAGGGUCGAGGUCGGGGAUUAAACCAGUGGCAUGGUUGACCGUAGCCUCUGGAAACGGGGUGCCUGCUCUAAUAACUGAAGUAUAGAAAAAGUACACUUUUAAUUUUAUCAAGCACUUUUUUUGGUCAUCCGAUCAGAUAAAGCACUCACAUCAUAUGUCACAUUCAUUCACCCAUUCACACUUCGCUCACUCACUGAUGGCUAAGCUGCUCUGUAAAGUGUACAUCAGUACGAACUAAUCCCCCCCACACACACACACUGCUCUUACAGCCACACAGGACAGUUUAAGUUCAAUGUCUUGCCCUCUGACACUCAGGCAUGCAGACUGGAGGACGUGGGAUCAACCCCCUGACCGUUUGUUUCACAGAUCUAUGACUGAGCCACAGCUGCUUUUCUAAAGAACAUAAGAUGAAAACAAAUCAAACCAAAAAAAGACCCCAAACAUUUUAAUACUGAGCAUCUCUCUUGUUUCAGAAUUAUGUUUUCCAAAUUACACAAUUACGCAAAAUUCAACAGACAGGCAGGUAAACUGAACUUAAAAUUUGUUUUCAUUUUAAUGCAAAGCUGCAGAAAAACAUGAAUGCAUAUUUUCAUUCAUUUCAAUAUAUGACUGCAACAACAAGAAAUUAAAUGCAUCUUUCCAAUGUUAAAAAAAAAGAGAAAUGCAAUAGUUUAGGUUCUCUGCUGCAGUGAUUCACACGCUCUGCAAACCAGUUUCUGUACCAAAUUUGAGAAUGGCGCCCUCUCGUGGACAUUUACAGUAUUGCAAGCAGUAUAUAAGUAUAUAAGCAUGGCAUUGAAAUCCAGCAGAUGAUGCUAUUGUGUGUAAAAUCCCAGCAAACAACACAUUUAGUCAAGGAAAGACCAAAGGAGGCUUGAACUGUGACCUAGAUUCUCAAAG